AUGACUCACGCUCUGAAGUCAAACUUCGCGAGUGACCAUUUGGGUAAUCCCACGCUUGAUGUGCUUCCUUGUAUUAGGCACUCAGUACCGGUUCAUUUACCUCUUGUUGAACCCAAGUCCUUGUCAAUCGUCCAUAUCAGAUUUUUCUUCUUCGCCAUGCAAGCUGGACGACCAGAAUCUGGGGCGACACUUGGAGAGCUUCGAAAAAUUUUAGACAAAUGCUAUGAAAAGUUUGAUAGCGAUGAAUCCGAAGAAUAG